UCGACCCCGGCCCUGGGACCCCUCCCCAGCCCCCGCCGGGAGCGUCUCGGGACCCCCAGACACCCCCACGUCCCAGGCAGGGGCCGCGCCUCGCGCGCCCCGGGCCCGGGUCGCCCUCGCUCUGCCUCGGGUCCUGCGGCCGGCGCGGGUCAGGUCGGGUCCGUCCGCGCCGCCCCAGCCUCCUUGGGCGGAACUCGAGCAGCUCCCCGCUCCCCGCAGGCCCCGAGGCCGCAGGAGCCCGCGGAGCGGCGAUGAGCAGGCGACCGGUGGCCCGCGGGGCGCGGAGCCCGUGACAGCCUCGGCCAGGCGGGCGCUGCGAUGGAGGCCGAGGGCCUGGACUGGCUCCUGGUGCCACUGCACCAGCUGGUGUCCUGGGGCGCGGCCGCGGCCAUGGUCUUCGGAGGGGUGGUGCCCUACGUCCCGCAGUAUCGGGACAUUCGCAGGACGCAGAACGCCGACGGCUUCUCUACCUACGUGUGCCUGGUGCUGCUGGUGGCCAACAUUUUGCGGAUACUCUUCUGUCCUUACUACCAUUUUGCAAAACCAGCAUUCAGCAGAUCACACUCUGUGGAAUGCCAACGUGCAGGAUUUGGCAGGUUCGGGACCAGGAGAGGCGGCAUGGGUGGGCCUUCCUCCUGACCCAGGUGUCUCCCGCUGCAGGUUUGGAAGGCGCUUUGAGUCCCCGCUGCUGUGGCAGAGCGCCAUCAUGAUCCUGACCAUGCUGCUGAUGCUGAAGCUGUGCACCGAGGUCCGUGUGGCCAACGAGCUCAACGCCAGGCGCCGCUCCUUUGCAGCUGCAGAUAGCAAGGAUGAAGAAGUCAAGGUCGCCCCCAGGCGGUCCUUCCUGGACUUCGACCCCCACCACUUCUGGCAGUGGAGCAGCUUCUCGGACUACGUGCAGUGCGUCCUGGCCUUCACGGGCGUGGCGGGCUACGUCACCUACCUGUCCAUUGACUCCGCCCUGUUUGUGGAGACCCUGGGCUUCCUGGCCGUGCUGACCGAAGCCAUGCUGGGCGUGCCGCAGCUUUACCGCAACCACCGCCACCAGUCCACGGAGGGCAUGAGCAUCAAGAUGGUGCUCAUGUGGACCAGCGGUGACGCCUUCAAGACGGCCUACUUCCUGCUGAAGGGUGCGCCUCUGCAGUUCUCCGUGUGUGGCCUGCUGCAGGUGCUGGUGGACCUGGCCAUCCUGGGGCAGGCCUACGCCUUCGCCCGCCACCCCCAGAAGCCGGUGCCCCACGCCGUGCAUCCCGCUGGCACCAAGGCCCUCUGAGAGUGGGGAGGACGAGGAUGUGGGACCGCCAGCCGCAGGCACUGGUGGGCUCUGGCCUCCCUGCGGGGAGGGUGGGUGCUGUGGCCCCUGCAGGUGUGGUGGAGACGGGAUACGGGUGUUGGGGUCUCCAUCAGCCUCUGUGGGGUGUGUCUGGGUGGGCGGUGGGGGUGGGGCUGGGACGCUGUUUGUGCUCAGCGGGGACAGCCAGCGUGGAUCUGACCCCGAGGGUUUUGGAUGUUUUUAGGGUGAUAUAAAAAGCAAGUGUUUUUCCCGUUUCCUCUCAUGAAACACCGUCUGAGCCCAAGGUACACAUAGGGCAGCGGAAGGUGGCCCGCAGGAACCUGCUCCAGGUGGACACGUGGGCCAGCAGCAGCGAACCUUGAAGCUGGGGUGACCUCAGGAGACCCUGCAAGGCCUGUGAGCAGAGCCCUCGACCCCGUGAGACCCUGGCCAGACACCCUGCUUGGACUAGGGUGGCCUCUGCUACCCAGGGGUCCGGCACAGGGGAGGGCCGGGGCUUCCUCUGCCUGGUACACAUGGAAAGGAAGCUGUGCAGACGCAGGGUCACCGUGCUCCUGGUUUUCUGACAGUUGGUGUUUCCUGGGCCUUUGGAGCAGCUGCCAGGCCCGAACACCUCGUGGCUCCGCUGUGUCCAGCCCGGCUGAGCAUCGCCAGGGCUAGCUCAUGCUGCUCUUGUCAGCCUCUGGUUCUCCUCGAGUCCUUGGGGACGUGGCAGAUGCCAGCGACCAUCAGACAACGUGGAGGCCCUCAUGGGCGAAGGCUGAGGGGGCCGGGCUGAGGCUGUGCACACGCAGCCCGCACGCCACUCUUGGGCUCUGCUGGCGGAGAUCCCCCUCCUGGGUGCCGACUGCACCUCCGGAUGCAGUUUUGAUGUCCAUCUUCCAGGAGAGAGACAGUCUCGGGUCCAGGGAGUGGAGGGGGCUGCCCCUGCCGUGCAGGUCCUGGCCGAUGGCCCCUCACCCUGCUGCCCUGGGCUUUUGGCCUAAAGCAAAUUCCUGAGUGGGGGGUGCCAGGGCCUGCCGCAUCCUGUCCUGUCCACUGCCCACCCGUGUGCCGGUUCCCACAGUGGUGGCUGCAGUGGGAGCUGCCAGUCUGACCCUUGUCACCCCACGCUCUGCCCCCACCCCGUUUUCAGUUUAGCAAGAGGUCACACCGUGUCAGCAGCCUUGCACUGACUGCAGCCAGCCCCCAGGCCUCAGAGUUCUGGAUGCUUCCAUGCGGCUCCAACAGGCAUCGUCUUCCCUUCCGCAGGCGGAGGGGCCGCUUCCUGCAGGCCUCUGAGCUCUAUGCCGGGGCUGUGGCUGGGGCUGUGGCCAUGGGAAGAUGUUCCACGCUGCCUCCUCCUCCUGAGUUUUCCUCGGAAACACUCUUGAAUGUCUGAGUGAGGGUCCUGCUUAGCUCUUUGGCCUGUGAGAUGCUUUGAAAAUUUUUAUUUUUUUAAGAUGAAGCAAGAUGUCUGUAGCGGUAAUUGCCUCACAUUAAAUGUCGCCAAUUGCAGGCGCGGUGACUGCUGAAUGUACCCUGUGUGGUGACUUGGAAUCAAUAAACCAUUUGUGGA